CAAAAGAUAAAUAUGAUACUGUUCACUAUACAUUCAUUUUGCAGUAAACAAUAAGAAUUUCUUACAUCGCUGUUGGGUAUCAAAUACUUUGAUCAGUUGAAAUAAAUCUUCUAUUUUUAUUGACGUAUGUUUUUUUCUUACACUUAAUUAUUGCAAAAAUACCUUGCCCCUGUUUAAUUUAAACGAUACACAAUAUAACCCCUUCCUUAAAAUAGGAGAAUGACAGUAAAACUUCGACGUGCACGAGUAGUACAACAAUGUUUUACAUGAAACGCAAAUACAUUGACGUGAUUAUCAAACAAUAUAUCUUAUUAAAUGCUUUUGUUUGAUUAUUAACAGUAGUUUCAUUAUUGACAUAUUCAAGUGCUUAAUAAAUGCUACAUUUAUUUAAAUAUCGAAUUCAACAUUAUUCGAGAUGAUAUAUACUUGAUAGUCAUUAUGUAUAAAGAUUAUUUACGUGUUUUGAAUGAACACGUGUUUACAUGUAUAAAUAUGCGUAAUAAUAAUUUACGAACAAAUGGAAAUAUCAAUAUUUAUUUUACUAACAAUUUGUAAAUAAUUAAAAUGAUAACAUUCUUUUAUAUUGACGAUACUUAUGAUUUGCCAUGGUGAUGAACACAGCAGCAAGAUUACAUUGAUCUUUUCUAAAUGUGUUCUCGCAUGGUGAUAAUAACUUUAAAUAAAUCCGAUUUUGGUGAAUUUUCGAUAGAUUUGAAGAAAAUCGUAGAUAACGAUAAUAAAUUGAAGGCGUAAAUUACAUUGUUAUUUAUAUAAAUCAGUUUUUAAUAUUUCUGAUAAUAAUAUAAUAAACGUACGGCGUCCGAUAAAAACAACCGGCAAUGACAGAACACAGAGGAACAUCAUUUUACAAUUCUUGUGUAAAAGUUCCAGUGGACCCUUGCAGUAGGCAACCAACACCUUCCUAUGAACGUCCUAGGCUUGCAAAAAAUUGCAAAGAUGAUUAUGUUAAUAAGACAGACUUUGUAACAGACAAUCAAAUUAUUAGCGAUUCAGGAGCAUCAAGCCCCAGAGAAAUUGUAGACAAUUUUAUAGAAUUUUUAGAAAGUAUCCCAGAUUAUGGUCAAGUUCAUCACUUGUCAAAUGAACAGUUUAAACAAAAGGUGGACUAUUUAAAGAGAAAACAGAAGUUACUGUUAAAAAAUUUAGAAAAUUCACUUGCUGAUGACGAAGAAGUGAACAUGUCAGGCUUAUCAAUAUCAAAGUACAAUCAAAGAUCAAAAACUGAACAUAAAAAUGGCACAAAUGAUUUAAAACUAGAUGGCAAGAAGUGUUAUUUGGAAGAGUUCAGAAUUUCUAGCCCUAUGCCGUAUCCAUCUGAUAAAUUUGUUUAUCUCUUGGAGGAUGAAGAUUUUUUGGAGAACAGAUACAAACAAAGAGACAAGGAAUCUAAAACAAUAUGCAAUGAAAAGUUACACUUGGCCGACAAUUAUUGGGGAGCAUGGUACGAAUCAAAAAGUAAAGAUAAAUUGGAAAGUGAUACAGAUAGCAUAGAAACAAGAAGCUUGCCAGCUAGUACAUCUAAAGAAUGGCAUCCUACCGUACCCAAGCCAUUCAGCUUUACCUUACGAGAAGAAGCCGAGAAGUAUAUGGAACAAGUUGAAACUGAGGAUGCACAACGUAAAAGUUUCAGGAAUAAUAAUAAAAGCCCCUGCAAAAAACGUCGUAUAAGACCAGUCCCUCUUACAUCUAAAAUUCCACUGUACGACAAGUUAUUAGCAGAGAAAGAAGAACGGAGUCGCAUAGUACGCGAGGAAAGUGCCAUAAAUUUAAUGUCCCAAGUACGUCCGUUUCGCCUGGAAUGUGACCGCCGAGCUCGACGAUGUUUAGUGCGAUCCAGCCCAGAAAUUCGCAGCAAAAGUGUCAACGUGUAUACAAAGUUUAAAGCUAAACCGGUGCCAAAGAAUCUGUUCAGUACCGAGAUAUAUGAUCGUAUGCUCGAAGAUGAAUAUUACAGGCACCUGCAAAAACGAGUAAGGGCGGCAGAAUUAAUGAAAUCCUCCUGUUUGCCGCCAUCGAUGGCAAGACGGGAACGCGUUAAAUCCGCGUGCACGCGUCUGCGAGAUACAAACAAGAGUUGCAACGAGAAUCUUGGCAGCAGAAGCUCCCUCCAAUUAUCAAACGUUACAUCACCAUCGAUGGAAAGAUGUAGAUCAGCAAUGUCGUUACUACCAGCGCGGGGGAAUAACUUAGCAGCAAUAUUAAGAUGCCAAGUGUCACGAGAAAAAUUAGAACGCGAGAUAAAAGAAAAAAUGGAGGAGAAACGACGGGAACAAGCUAUAAGGAUGAGAGAAUCAUUUAUUGGACGAAACCCUGUGUGGAGAGCUUUGAGGUCCGCGGCAAGGCACGAUCAUCAAAGAGAUCUUAACAUUCGAACAUCGCUGCGUCGCGACGAAGCUCGUGAGCAGUCGGAACGUCACCGGUUACAGAUGGAGAUGAUGCUGGAUCGCGUGACUCAAAUACCAACUCUUUUCGAGCGUCACUCUCAGACUUACCAAACGCUGAUCGAACCACAACAAAAGGACAGUUCAAAGUUGCUGCAACGAAAGAAGAAGAGGAAACAAAGACAAAAGUCGCGCAGCAUAGAUUGCUACGCCGACUACGAGAAUAUUUGCAGACCAGAUUCUGGGUCGGUGACCAGUUCCUCUGGAACGUUACUAUCAGUAAGCCAAUCGUCGAAGUCAUCGGAGGCGUCCACGUCGCAUGUCUCUGACAAAUCAACAGCGAAGUCUCAGUGUUCCUUUUCCAAGAAGAAAGGCGAUCGUGGCCAGUUAAAAGUUUCUAUAAACGAAACGGCAGAACUGAUCGACGACGAGAAGGACGAGCUACACAGCGAGCAACGUUACUCUAACGAAAAGGACGGAAAUACAGUGCACAGUGACAAACACAUUGACAAUAUGAACUCUAGUCGAUGCUGAUAUACAUUCAUACCUUCAGACGCUGGUUACAAGUAACAGUGCACGCCAUACAAUAAAACAGAGGUUUAUUCAAUGACAGUUUAUUGUAACAUUAUCAUAAAAUUUUCCACUGAAAAAAUACAAAACUCCGCGGUGCAACCGCUAUAUACAAUUAUGUAUAACUCUCGUGUAUCGGCGAUUGGAUAGAGGAAGUAGUUGAAGCGCUUUAACGCGUUAAGCGCCACGAAAAUCUUAAGCGUUUCCCCAUAGAGUUUGUCUUUCGCAGCAAAGAAAAGUAGGAAUAAUUAUGAAUUGUUCGGCGUUGCAACGUUUGCGUU